AUGGGUGGCAACAGGGCAACCCACGUUAAUCCUUUCAUAGUGAACGAUAGGACUGUUGAUAUCCAUAUCACUGUCCGCGGCUCAGAUUGGUAUUGGGCUGUGAUGUCGAUCAUGGGCUUCACCAUGCUCGCAAUAAUGGGGCUAUCUUUUCGCCGCCCUCCAACGCGGCGAAUAUUCCAUUACCUUCUCGCAGCCGUUGCUUUCGUAGCAAUGGUAGAACACUAUAGCAUGGCGUCUAAUCUCGGAUGGGUCCCAAUUGACGUAGAAUGGCAUCGCAGCGGCCACUUGGAUUCUGGAAUGAAUCGCCAGAUCUGGUGGGUUCGGUACUGUGGCUGGUUCCUGAUCUGGCCGCUUCUGUCUCUGUCUGUGCUUUUCACCUGCGCCGCCCCUACUGUUCAUAUACUCUGGGCGUGCUUUCUGAGCGCGGUGAUGGCGAUCAUGGCAGUAGUCGGUGCUGUGGUCCGCAGCGACUACAAAUGGGGAUAUUACGCGUUCUGGAUCUGGCCGAGACGUCGAGCUCGCCCACAUCAUCCCAGCCAGUUGGAUUUGUCUGCUCUGGAUGCUCUACCUGUAUGCUGGGGGGUUAGCGAGGGAGGGAAUGUCAUCCCGCCUGACUCGGAGUUCAUCUUCUACGGCAUCCUUGACUGUUGCCUUAUUCCCAUCACCUGUGGGGUGUUUCUCUGGUUGCAUGCCGGAAUCGACCCAAGCGAUUUGGGACUGUAUAUUCGUACAUAUAAAGAUCCUAUUGGUGGACGGAGGGAACCGGCACUUGUUAGUGGAGGGGUCGAAAAGCCCCAGGAAAUUAGGGCUCCGGGCCCAGUAAAUGGGGGUAGCGGUCAGCCGACUGCUUCUGAGCCUGGUCAGCUCGUCGAAGGAGUCCCGUCUGCGGAAGGACAGGAGACGGUCUAG